CUCUGGCAGGUGGUGCAUGUUCGUAAAGAGCUGUAAGGUUUGGGAAGAGAGAGAGCUAGUAUUAGGAAAUCAGCGUACCUUGGUUUACCUUUUGUUUUUGUUUUCUUUUUUAUUUUGGUUUUGGGUAGAGUGCCAUAUAUGCGGUGCAUUGGUUCUGAAACGAACUGGACAUUGUUUGUUUUUCCCCAAGCCACUUUCUGUUUGAUACAUACAGUGCUGCAUUUGGUGAAUUGUGUGUUGAAUUACGGGUGCAAUCUAUGCCUGCAAUGAGGAGAGAACGGACUGAAUAAAUGUUGAUAGUUUCUUUGCCAAUUCUGGACAGAAUGAACACCAUCGAACCAUUCUGAAGGCAAGUUUUUUGAUAUUUUCUCAGAAGACUUCAUUUUACUUUGUAUUUUUCCUCCAAACACAUUUUUAAGUGACUGUGUCCAUUUGUCUUCAGUUCGAUUUCAUACCGUGGAGCCUAGUCACGAUGAAGCACGCCUGAAAGGAGUUUUUUUUUUUUAAAUGAGGAAGCAAUUUUUAAAAGAGAUACGAAAAAGACAGAGGCCUCGUCCUUUGUAGGCCCGGAUCUGUGGGGGAAAAGGGGGCACUGAAGCCCGAUGAAUAAAAUUUUGAAUAAAAUGGGACUCAACGAGACACGCGAGGAGAAGAGAAGCAUAGAUAUUUUAUUAAUGACAGCGCGUUGUGCAAGUUUACCUCUCAGAACAAAAGGAAGUACUUUCUGUCUUUAACAUUAAAACUGAUAUUUUCAAAAUAAAGGAAGACUUUUUCCCCCCCAUUGAUGGGGCAUUGGCUGACGACGUUCCCAUUUUCCCGCAGUUCGCCCUCUUUAUUUUAUGAAUAAUCUUUUAUUUAUAAUUUUUUUAUUGAAUUUUGAUCUGGAUCCAGCGUUGACAUUGUUCAAUGGAAGUAUGUUAUCAGUUGCCGGUUUUGCCUCUGGACAGGCCGGUCCCCAAGCAUGUUCUCAGCCGGAGGGGAGCCAUUAGCUUCAGCUCCAGCUCCUCUCUCUUUGGUGCCCCUGAUCCAAGACAGCUGUCACAGAGACGUGGGGCAAUCUCUUAUGACAGCUCCGAUCAAACCGCUCUCUACAUUCGUAUGCUAGGGGCUUGUGUAAUAUUCAAACAGCUGUUUUCAAGAGAUGUGAGAGUGAGAAGCCGGGUUGGCUUUGAACCAGAACGAAGAGGCUCUCAUCCCUACCUGUCCAUCGAUUUCCGAAUUUUGCACUCGCAGCCCGAAUCUGCAGGGCCCGUCUCUGCCCGGAAGAUCCGCAGGCUGCUCAGCUUCCAGAGGUACCUGCACUCCUCCCGCGCGUGUCGCGGUGUGACCCCCCAGAACCCCCUCCACAUCCUGGACCAUGACUACACCGGCCAGGCCAAGUGUAUGUUGGAGAAGGUUGGGAGCUGGAAUUUCGAUAUAUUUCUUUUUGAUAGAUUAACAAAUGGAAAUAGUCUUAUCAACUUGACAUUUCAUUUGUUCAAUCUGUAUGGAUUAACUGAGCUCUUCCAAUUAGAUAUGAUAAAGCUUCGUAGAUUUUUAGUGAUGGUUCAAGAAGACUAUCAUAGGCAGAACCCAUACCACAAUGCUGUCCAUGCUGCUGACGUGACUCAGGCCAUGCACUGUUACUUAAGGGAGCCCAAGCUUUCGAAGUCCCUCACCUCCUGCGAUAUACUCCUGGGCAUUUUGGCAGCGGCAACCCAUGAUCUGGACCACCCCGGUGUGAACCAGCCUUUCCUCAUCAAAACUAAUCAUUACCUAGCUGCAUUAUACCAGAAUACCUCAGUUCUGGAGAAUCACCACUGGAGGUCCGCGGUUGGCCUGCUCCGAGAGUCUGGAUUGUUCUCUCACCUUCCCUCUGAGGACAGGUUGGACAUGGAGAGGCAGCUGGGGUCCCUGAUUCUGGCCACUGACAUCAGCAGACAGAAUGAAUACCUGUCGAAGUUCAGGGAACACUUGGACAGAGAGGACCUCUGCUUGGCAAACGCUGGCCACCGGCACUUUGUCCUCCAGAUGGCGCUGAAGUGCGCGGACAUUUGUAACCCCUGCAGACCGUGGGAGCUGAGCAAACAGUGGAGUGAGAAGGUGACGGAAGAAUUCUUCCACCAAGGAGAUAUUGAAAAGAAACACAAACUUGAAGUCAGCCCACUAUGUGACAGCCAAAUGAAUUCUGUUGGAAAAAUUCAGAUUGGCUUCAUGACGUAUGUGGUGGAGCCGCUUUUCGCCGAGUGGGCCCGCUUCUCGGACACGCGCCUGUCCCGGACCAUGCUGGGCUACCUGGGCCUGAACAAGGCGAGCUGGAGCGGGCUGCUGCAGGAGCGGGCGGGGGCGGCCGAGGGGACGGCCGCGACCGCGACCGCGCCGACGCCCGCGGACGACACAAACUCCAAAGUUUUACCUCAGGGAAGCAAAGAGUCCUGACUCGCCCGACAGGCCCAGCCCCUCGGCAGGGAGGGGGCGGGCCGGUGGGAGGGUCUGCUGUGGACUGAACGGCUACUUCCACACCCAGCGCAACACCGUCACCACAUUGUAGUUGCAUUGACUCCCAUUUCGAUAAAACCACUGAUUUUAUUUAUUUUAUUUAAAUCCCCUCCCCCUUUUUUCCCUUGACACAGAGCAAUGCAUAGAUACCUCAUUUGGCUUCUGCUGUAUUUUGUGAGUUUUAUUUAUUAUUUUCCCCCCGCCUUGUACUUUUCUGGCAUUACUAAUUGAACACACCGCCUUUUUAAUGGAGAAUGAAAGGGAACACCAUACCGGAUGCCUGGUUCUGGGUAAAAGUGCCAUUGAAAACAAUUUAGUUUUAAUUGCUUUGAAAGUGAUUUGUAAAACCUUGAGUAUUCAGAUACUGAGUUAAAGGCUGCAUAGAAAGCCUGGAAUGAUAAUGAUGAUGCAUUUGCAACAAAUCUUCCUCGUUAAGAGAAAAAAAAAAAAAAAAAAAA